AUGACAUCGGUGAAUGCAAGCACCAAGCCACCAUUCUUCAGACCGUUUGCGGAUGUGGAGCCCAGGGAGCUGGAGAGACCCAGCGGAGGGAGACACCUUGAUGGCACCUGCUCUUCCGCGCUCCGCAUCGCGGGGAGUGAAAUGGGGGACCCGAGCUGGAAAAGUGAGUCCGAGGACAGAAGCUAUCUAGACCCAUCUGAGGAUCCCCUCCCGAGUCACUUCACCCGUCAACCCAGAGAUGAAGAACUGAAGGAAAAACCAGGGCAAGAGCAGAAACCAGCCAUGUCUUAUAUCGCUCUGAUAGCCAAAGCGAUUCUGACUUCUCCUAACAAGAAACUCAACCUGGGCUCUAUAUAUAAAUAUAUCGAAGAGACCUUCCCAUAUUACAAAGGUCGUGGUCAAGGCUGGAGAAACAGUGUCCGCCACAACCUCUCUCUCAAUGAGUGUUUUAUUAAAGCAGGGAGGUGUGAGGAUGGUAAAGGGAAUUACUGGAGUAUACAUCCCUCCAACCUAGAUGAUUUCUCCAAAGGAGACUUCAGACAGCGCCGGAGGUGCCGGAGAAGGGGGCGUAGUAAGGAGCUGGAAAAUAAACUGACUGUGACUUACCCGAGCUGCCCUUUGCCAGUGGAGCCCCUCGCCCUACAUUCGCUGUACUCCCCGUACACCGAGCAGGAGCGCAGGGCGUACCGAUUGGAUGAGGUGCUCUACAGACAGUACAUCACUAACCCCUUUUGGAGGUGGUAUCACAGUUGCAGGAACCCAGGGGCCGCCUGCGAUGCUGGGGUGGGGCUGUCCUCGGCCCCGAGCUCAGGGUCCCAAUGGCAGGGUUUGGGGGAGAGUACUUCUUCUCCGAAUUUCUUCAAAUUGGCCAACAACUGA